GUCUUGACAUGAAUAGGUCGACGGUAGAAAGGUUAACAAUGGACUUGAAUCAAUCUAUGGAGUUCACACCACCUGCAGCCUCUUCACCACAGAUUCACAACUUCAUGCCAAUGACUUCUUUCAUGCUACCAUUUCACCAACCUUCAAAUGAGAACGGUGAAGAAGUGAAACAAUCGCAUCUUCUGGCUCAGAAGCGCAAUCUAGAGUUGUUUUGGUACCAACAAAUGAUGGACAUUCAUAAUAUUUCAGCUUUCAAGAGCCACCACCAGCUACCUCUGGCAAGGAUCAAGAGGGUUAUGAAAUCUGAUAAAGAUGUGAAGAUGAUCAGUGCAGACACUCCAAUAUUGUUCUCCAAGGCCUGUGAGCUCUUCAUUCAGGAGCUUACCCUCCGAGCGUGGCUGAAAACUGAAGAAGGCAAUCGCCGAACCCUGCAGCGUUGCGACAUCAUCAGGGCGAUAAGGCAAGAGGAGGCACUUCAUUUCUUGGUUGAUGCUGUCCCUUUGAUUAACCAUAAGGAUGAUGAUGGGAAAUUUCUUGAGGAAAAUGAGUAUCAUCCUGCUAACCAACUGCAGUUUCCAGUGUUGGACAUGAAUUUUGUGAGCAUUAACAAGAGCUUAAAAUUGAUUUUUGUCCUGUUGUCCUGUUCCUAUUGA